AUGAACGGUAAAUGGCUCAAAGUGACACAAAAUGUUCAAAAAGGUAUUCAGAUCAUAAAUCAACUCGAGGAUAUAAAAUUUGAACCAUUUUUAAGGAGGAUUGCAACUAAAUUAAGAUUGCAGGAGUCAGAGGUGUUCACAGAGGGUGAAAGAAAUAAACUUCAAGUUGUAUUUAAAAAGGACCUGCUAGAUAUUGGAUUCAAAAAAGAAAAAGCAGAGUUUAUUGUUAAAGUGUGGUCGUUAGAAAUAAGUUCCACAUUAAAUGACUUAGUUUCAAAAGCAAAUGACAAAUGCGAUAACAACCAAAAUUUUUCUUGGAAACUGAAUACAGAACUAAGUUCAGAUAUUCAUAAGAGAAGUAAAGUUCCAAAAGCUUAUUUAUUAAUAUCUGAUAAUAACUUGGAACAGGAGAUGGAGUUAACCCAUUCUGAUCUUUAUACAGUGUUCAUCCAGCUUGAAUCAAUUCAGAAUGAAUUAGAUAAUGUAGUUUUA